GUUGCUAGCUGAUGUAGACGGAGCAAAGUGAUUGAGGCAGAGCAGAUAUCUACAGAGGAUGCUUGCACGGAUUUGUAUCAAGUUUUGAUUGCAGUUCUUCAAAUGGAAGACAUAAAAGACAGUUUAGCGUUUAAAGGUGUUGCUGAGAGACUUACGCUUGGCAUUACGCGAAUACUCGAAAACAUGCCAGGUGUGGUCGAUGUGCGUUUCGCAGAGAGGGAGCCUGCAGAGAAAAGAAGCCUGCUCUCAUGGGAACAGAAAAACACUUGUAUUUUGCCAGAAGACCUGCGAGAUUUCUAUCUGACAACGGAUGGAUUUACACUCACCUGGAGCGUUAAACUAGACAAUGAGUGUGUUCCCCUAGGAUGCAUGAUGGUUAAUAGUGUGGCCAGGCUGUGCCCACUGCUUCAACCAGUAUCAAUUUUUUCUCUUCCAAAUGCACCCUCACUGGCUGACCUGGACUGGGAGGAAAACGGCACAGAAAGCGGGUCGGAGCAUGCUCCCGCUGCACCCCAUUUUGAUUCUCGGAGCCGCAUCUUUGAGCUGGAUUCCUGUGGUGGGAGUGGCAAGGUGUGCCUGGUCUACAAAAACUGCACUCCAGGUGUGGUAGCCCAGAAGAGUGAAAUCUGGUUCCUUGAUCGCUCUCUGUACUGGCAUUUUCUGACAGCAACCUUCACUUCGUACUACCGACUGAUGAUAACCCACCUGGGUCUGCCUGAGUGGCAGUAUGCCUUCACCCAAUAUGGCCCCAGCCCCCAGGCCAAGCAGUGGGCAUCCCUGUACCAGCCACUGACCUUCAGCAGUGACCUCAGCCUGGCUGAUCCUGCAGGAGAUUCCUAUCUCAACAAGCUGGAUCCUACCAAGGCUUUCAAAGGCAAAGCCAAGGUACCUGCCCCCAAGAAGAAGCAGUCAGCACAGUGCAACUUAGGGAGCACUGCCAAGAGCCAAGGUAACGCAGGAAGACACAGUGGGGCAAAGCGAUGAGAAGGUUCCCAUUCAAGGAAAACAUUGAAAUCUUGUGUACAUGAUCAUCAGGAUUAGAAGAGCAGUCAAGCAAUCCCUCCACUGGCUAGACUUCUUGCUGAAUGUCUGAAUAGACAUGUAACCAGGGUUUACUUGGCUCAACACGUGGCUAAAGUGGCAGUGGGCUGUUGGAGUCAACGUGGCAUGUAAAACAGUGUUUCUAAUGUUGUUUAUGUUUAGGUGGUUAAAAUAAACUUGCCUGCCUUACAUUUAGAUAGACAUGGAAACUCCUGAUAACUCAACCAGUGUUGUUCACCUUUCACUGCUACAUGUUAGUGAUGGAGAAAUUAGGCUUUCUGAAGCAGCAGAGUGUAUCAGCAACAGAUUCAUAAUUUGCAGCCUCAUUUAACACAGUGUCCACUACUGACACCUCCUGGUGAAAUAAUUCAGAACAGCCAAUUCAUAAAUUAUGUUCAUGUGCUGCUUGCAUAGUAUUAGUAUUAGGCUACUGUAACUAAAAAGUACUCAUUAACACUCGGUAGAUAGGUAGAUAGAGAGAUACUUUAUUUAUCCCCUAGGGGAAAUUCAUGUAAUUAUGUAAGUAAGGGCACUAUAUCAUUUUAUAACUGUAGUUAUUGUCAUUAGGCUCAGUUUGCUGUUGUAAAUAUUUUAAUUUUGAAUGUAUUAUACAACAAUAACAUAUAUAUAUAAUAUAUACAAUUAUAAAAUAAGUUUGAAAAUUGAUAAAUAACACAAAUUUAUGUAAAUGUAACAUUGAAAGAAACAGGAAGAAAAUAAUACUGUGUUGGUUUCAGUUGGGUAGCAACAGCGCUUUUCACCUGCAAACACCAUCUCAUGUUUCAGUGUAAAUAAUCCAAUUCAGAGUAUCCGUGGAAACUGACAGGCGUACACGACCGACGCCUGGGAGCUUCAGUAUCAAAUACUACAUCACUUAAGUGUGUAUUCAAAUCUGAACCAAGAAUUGUUACAUGUUACAGACCUGUUGAUCUUGUUGUGUGAUAACAUCUGCUCUGACGAGUCUGUAUCAAUAAAUGUGUUAUAUGUAGCAGUAUUUUGGAGAUAAAAUUUGUGAGCAGACUUAAUAAGAUUCUAGGGUUUGGUUUUUGGAUCGAAUCAGGAAACACAUUUUGCCUUAAGGCUGCUAUGUGCUGGACUGUUGGUAAGAUAAGCAUGUGCAUUGUCUUUGGGUGUGCUUCUGCCCUUUCAUGCUGUGAGGAGCCACCUCCUACUGUUUCUUUCUUAUUUACAAAGGAUGCAUGUUUAUUUAAGUGCAAAGUAUUGGGGCUAUUUGUUUUAUUUUACAUACACUGUAAUUUCCAAACUCGUGUUAGUGGGCCUCUGUUGACUGCUGUAAUGGAUGAUACCAAGGUUAUAUCAGCUGCUUCUUCCUCAAUGAUCCUGACAUAAAAUUCCUCUUCCGUGCAUGAAAUGGCUCUAGUUUUGUUUGUUUUUCAUGUAUAACUUGCAUGGAUAGGAGCCAGCCACAGGUGUUGUCAGCAUCACGGUUCAAAUUGUCAGAUUGUAUAUAUGUUAUAUGUAUUACAGUCAAUCUCUUUUACAGAAAUUGAAUGACUCAUAAAUUAAAUUAAAUAAUACAGACCCAU